CCUUUUUCACUUAUUCACCUACACUCACUCCUUUCGGCAGCUCAGUUUAUUUUAGCCACAUUAACGCAUAGUAUAUUACAACAUGGGCCCGUCCGACCAACAACACCAGCAGCACCACAGCACCAACAACAACUUCAACACCAGCUAUACCAACAGCAGCGACGCUUACAUGCCAGUGACCUACGGCGGCGAGCUGGAUACCUCAGCACUGGAAGUAACAGCAACAUCGCCGGCAACGCAGACGGGAACUCGCUAUGCCCGGAUUAGACCAAGGAUCCUACAGCGGCUUCAACGGCAUUGUCUUUGGGUCCGGCGGCCAGACCGAUCUCAGCAACAUAAUGGGUCCCGAUUGGGCUACGACAAUGGCGCAUCUGCAGGGAACGACGGGCUGGGGAUUUACUCUGGCCAGGGGCUAGGAAGGUUUUCAGAACCAUCAGGCCAUGCGGCUAGCUCUCGCCAGAACCACAAUGUGGCCAUGGAGCAUGUAUUGCGAUACAGCGCGAGAACCAGGCACUGCGGCGCCAGAACGAAGCCCUGCAGGCUGUCAGCGAUGCAAGGCAGCGGACUGCGCUUAAAUUGCUGCAUGGGACUUUGGGCCACAACGCUGAAGACGCACAGGAGCCACAGCAAGGUGCAGAUAAUCCGUGCAACGCAACCAGCUGUCGCGCCUGCUGCUGGCGCUGCUGGACACACCUGCCGGGCAGGACAACGUGGAUGACUCUGAAUCCAUCCAGGAGCAGCUGCCGGCUUUAGCCCAGCCGUUACAUCCUCUCUCCCUCCAUUAUCUCCUCCUGCAGCAGCAGCAGCAGCAUCAGUAGUGGCAUCCGGGACAUCGCUGUCUUCUGCUCCUACUGGUACUGCCGCGCGCCCGCUGUCUAAUUUUUUCAGCAGCAAAUCGCCACUUAUGUUGCCAACACCAUCUGAAACAAGUUUCGGCGGAGAAACAGCCAGUCAAGUGUGCGGCCACUUUCUAUCGCCAGGGGCGCUGCAGGCAGCGUUCACAUCGACUGGGACUCCAGCGCGCUACUUGAGAUAGCAACCACGG